CACUUACCAGCAGUUCCCACUCAAUACCAGUCAGUUAACUCACUGUACAAGACCUCUCCCCUUCAGUCUACUGCAGGGUGGGAGAUGCAACAAUGGCCUUGAGAACAGCAGGAAGUGUGUUGGUGGUCUUUCUCUGGUCUGUAGCAGUGGUACUUGGUCAGUAUGUCUGGAGUGUGACUUACACCACUCAGAGUAUCUGUGUCUUGGAGGGGUCAUCAGUGAAUCUGUUCUGCUCUUACACAUAUCCCAGUGGUUAUACAGUCACAACAACCUUCUGGUUCACUAAAUGGGGGACUGGUGUAGAACCUAAAGAUCUAGGUCAGGACCCAGAGUAUGCAGGCCGUCUGGAGUAUCAUGGGGAUAAGAAGAAAGACUGGACCCUGAGAAUCACAGACCUGAGAGAGAGAGACUCAGCUACGUACAGGUUCAGAUUACUAACAGAUCAGGAAGGAGGGAAAUAUUCUGGAAGUCCUGGAGUCAAUCUGUCUGUUACAGCUCUGCAGGUGAAGGUGACUCCUGCUGCAAAGGGACAGAAGACACUGACCUGUAUCACCACCUGUACUCUGACUGACAACCCCACCUACAUCUGGUACAAGAACGGACAACAUCUAGAUGAGAGCACCUCCCCCGAGUACAAAUACUCAGUCUACACUAACAGUAAAGACAGUUACUCCUGUGCUGUAAAAGGCCAUGAGGAUCUCCCCUCUCCUGCAGUGUGUGUUCAGGGUCAGAGCUGCAUCAGAGUGACUUACACCAAGAGGAGAAUCUGUGUCUUGAAGGGGUCAACAGUGGACAUAUCCUGUACUGUUGGUUAUUAUUACACCACAUCAUCAUUCUGGUUUAGAAGUGAUAAGUCGACCCCUGAAGACCUAACCAGAGACCCAGGGUAUGCAGGUCGUGUGAAGUGCACUGGAACAUACAGAGGUCCCUUCACCCUGAGAAUCACAGAUCUGAGAGAGGAGGACUCAGCUGAGUAUCGCUUCACUUUUAAAAAACACAACAUUGACUGGGGUCAUAGAUUCCCAGGAACAACUCUGUCUGUCACAGGUAAUACUACAAUGUAUGAUGCAACUGUAAAUCAUAAUGAAUUACAGGAUAAAUAUAUUAACCAUCCUGUUAACACAGAGGUGUAUGUGGUUUUAUACAUAUUGUUUCAGGUCUGCAGGUGAAGGUGACUCCUGCUGCAGAGGGACAGAAGACACUGACCUGUAGCACCACCUGUACUCUGACUGACAACCCCACCUACAUCUGGUACAAGAAUGGACAGAAUGUACAAGGUGUCUCCUCCCCCAUGUACUCCAUCAGCAGUGAGGAUGCAGACAGCUACUUCUGUGCUGUAAAAGGCCAUCUCAGCUCUCCUGCAGUGUAUAAACCAAAGACCUCAGUGUCAGUCAGUCCCUCUGGUGAAAUAGUGGAGGGCAGUUCAGUGACUCUGACCUGCAGCAGUGAUGCCAACCCACCUGUCCAGAGUUACACCUGGUGGUACAAGAAGAAUGGAGGUGACUGUCAGAGUAUGACAGGACCACAGCAUGUCUUCAGUCACAUCCAGUCAUCUGACAGUGGAGAGUACUACUGUGAGUCCCAGAAUGAGAUGGGGACAGACAGGUCUGGGACCAUCAACAUGGAUGUGAAAUAUAAACCAAAGAACCCCUCAGUGUCAGUCAGUCCCUCUGGUGAAAUAGUGGAGGGCAGUUCAGUGACUCUGACCUGCAGCAGUGAUGCCAACCCACCUGUGGACAA